GCUUAUCAGACACUCCCAAUUCACAACCGCUCGCUUUUAGCGACGAUACUUUUAUGCAAAAGCUACUUUGCAGCCGGAUACGUCUAAAUCAACCACCAAAAUAUGGAUCCCCAAAAGAUAUACGACCAAGUCCGCGCGCACUACAGCAUCGCGUCGCAAGGGACGACGGCUGCAUACGGCAGUGCCAUUGCAAAGUCCUUUGGGUACUCUGCUGAGGAACUCGCCAACGUUCCUGAAGGGUCGAAUCUGGGACUCAGCUGUGGAAACCCUCUUGCUAUUGCUAGUGUUGGCGAGGGUGAGACAGUCAUUGACCUGGGCAGCGGAGCCGGCUUCGACGCUUUCGCCGCCGCCAGAAAGGCCGGCCCGUCUGGGAGGGUCAUUGGUGUCGAUAUGAAUGAGGACAUGCUCGUCAAAGCCAACCACAUCAAGGCAAAAAUGGACACGACCAAUAUCGAGUUCGUCAAGGCAAGCAUCACUGACAUGUCUAUCCUCGAAUCCGGAAUCGCCGACUGCGUCAUCUCGAACUGUGUCAUAAACCUUGUUCCUGCCGGGGAGAAACAUUUGGUUUUUAAAGAAAUCUUCCGUCUCCUGAAGCCUGGAGGUCGCCUUGCCGUCUCGGACGUACUUGCAAAGAAGCCAAUGCCGGAGAAGCUCAGGUCCAACAUUGCUCUGUACGUUGGGUGUAUCUCCGGAGCAAGUACAGUCAGUGAAUACGAAGGAUUCCUCAAUGAUGCGGGGUUCAAAGAAACCCUCAUCAGCGAUAGCAAAGGUGACCUGAAUGUCUAUGUUCAAAUUGGCGAAGAUGGUUUGAAGAAGCCAAACUGCUGCGUCUCCACUCAAGCGGAAAAGGCAGAAAGUGACGGUUGCUGCAAGCCUUCAAGUGACACGGAUGUCAGCCUCGAGGAAACUGACUUUAACCAGUGGGCUGGAUCGUUCAACAUUUACGCCGUGAAAAAUUGAUGCCGGCAGGAGCGGAGCAUCACCAGCGGCCUACGGAUGAAUGAUUGGGGUUGCCUCCGAGAUCUCUUGGCGGUUUCACUGUCAGUCAAGCUCGAUCGUCAGCGAGGCUCUCACUAAAACAUUUAGUGAAACGCCAAUCCUUCCUUGGCUAGAUGUUACCGGAGCAGUCGAAAGAGAGCACGACCAGCUGAUUAGGGAUCUCUGGUCGACAAGAGUGUCUUGUGUAACAAACCAACCCGCUAGUUAGGGCAUAAAAAAGAAGAAUAAUAAGAAGAAGAAGAAGAAGAAAAAGGGUAAACGGACAAAGAUGGCCAGUAUUUUCUUCAACAUGUAUAGCUUGUUAUGGGUGU